UGGCAUGCCAGAAGCACCGGGUGAGGACUCGAGGAGGUUUACCAGAGAACAGCUAUUUACAAUGGCCGCAACAGCUUCUAUAAACUUCAGUUCCAUGAUAUGCUAUUCAAUCCUGGGACCCUUUUUCCCUUCAGAGGCAGAAAAAAAAGGUGCCAGUAACACCGUUGUUGGCCUGAUUUUUGGCUGUUUUGCUUUGGUCAAUUUCUUGACUUCUUUAAUCUUGGGAAAUUAUCUUACACAUAUUGGAGCAAAAUUCAUGUUUGUGGCAGGGAUGUUUGUUUCAGGAUGUGUGACCAUUCUGUUUGGAAUGCUGGACAAGGUUCCAAGUGGACCAGUGUUCAUCGGUUUGUGCUUUUUAGUAAGAGCAAUGGAUGCAGUAGGUUUUGCAGCAGCAAUGACAGCAUCGUUUUCAAUCCUUGCAAAGGCAUUUCCCAAUAAUAUAGCUACUGUCCUGGGAAGCCUUGAAAUUUUUACAGGACUGGGACUGGUGCUGGGCCCGCCUUUAGGUGGCUUUCUGUAUCAGUCGUUUGGUUACGAGGUCCCUUUCAUUACACUGGGAUGCGUGGUGUUGGUCUUGGUGCCUGUGAAUAUGUGCAUAUUACCAAAAUAUGAUUCGAUCCCUAGCAAGAACUCCUUCUGGAAGCUCAUUCUUCUGCCGAAAGUCUUACUGCUAUGUCUUACUAUAUGCUCUCUAAGUGCAUGCUUGGGCUUUUUGGAUCCUACAAUGUCUCUCUUUAUCCUAAAGAAAUUCAAACUCCCAGCUGGUUAUGUGGGCUUGGUAUUCCUCGGUUUGGCGCUCUCGUACUCCCUGUCUUCUCCCCUCCUCGGUCUCCUAAGUGACAAACUGCCAUACCUCAGGAAGUGGCUGCUGGUAUCUGGAGGAUUAAUGACAGCACUGUGCUUUUUCAUGUUAGGACCUGCUCCUGUACUGCACACCGUGCUUUUGGUGCUGUCUGCUCUGGAGGCCUGUGCCCUGGACAGCUACGUUGCAGCCAUCUACGAGCACAACGUCAUCUUGUCAGAGGACACUGAAGUGCCGGUUUCUCCUGAGGAGGCCUUGAUGCUGAUGGAAAAAAAUAUGGUAAUUUUUGAGGUGGCCAUCAAAGAAGCAGCCAGACAGGGUGCCCAUAUCAUUGUGACUCAUGAUGAUGGCAUUUACGGCUGGGUCUUCACAAGGGAAACAAUAUACCCUUAUCUUGAGGAUAUCCCGGACCCACGGGUGGACUGGAUUCCGUGUGCUGAUCCUAGAAGGUUUGCUCCCUCACCAGUGCUGGAAAGACUAAGCUGUCUGGCGAGGAAUAACUCCAUCUAUGUGGUUGCAAAUAUGGGAGACAAGAAGCCCUGUAAUGCCAGUGACCCAAGGUGCCCGAGUGAUGGUCACUACCAGUACAAUACCAACGUUGUCUUUGACUCAGAAGGGAAACUGGUGGCUCGUUAUCACAAGUACAACCUUUUUGUGGCAGAGAAACAGUUUGAUUACCCCAAGGAUCCAGAAUUUGUUACUUUCAAUACAUCCUUUGGCUACUUUGGCAUUUUCACUUGUGCGGACAUACUCUAUCAUGACCCAGCCGUGGUCCUGGCAAGCAGAUUUCAGGUUGACACCAUUCUAUUCCCAACCACUUGGGUUAACACUCUCCCACUGCUGUCAGCGGCCCAGUUUCACUCAGCAUGGGCUAUGGGAAUGGGCGUCAACUUUCUUUCAGCAAAUACACCUUUCUGGUGUUAUGUGUUUGCAGGGAGUGGUAUUUAUACCCCAGAUGGUCCGAGAGCGUAUUAUUACAACACAGAAAUGGAAAAUGGUCACCUUUUGGUGGCAGAACUGAGUUCACGACCACGUCUGUCUCCUGACUAUUCUGCUGCCGUUAACUGGAAAUUGUAUGCCAGCAGCAUUGAACAGCUUCUGCCAAACUAUCACUAUUUCAGUGGGGUCGUUUACCACGAUCUCUUCUCCUUCACGGAACUCACUGAACCUGAGGGAAACCAUGCCAUUUGCCAGCAGGACCUCUGUUGCCACCUGAGCUACAAGAUGGCCGAGAAGCAGAAAGAUGACGUUUAUGUUCUGGGUGCCUUUGAUGGGCUACAUGUUGUUGAAGGAGAGUAUUAUUUGCAGAUAUGCACACUGCUCAAGUGCAAGAGCACCGACCUGAACACAUGUGGGCAGCCGGUGGAGACUGCGCAGACCAGGUUUGAGAGGUUCUCCCUCAGCGGCACGUUUGGCACCAACUACGUCUUUCCAGAAGUCUUGUACAGCGGGGUGCAGCUGGCCCUCAGGGAGUUUGAGGUGCUAAAUGAUGGACGGCUGAUAAGUCGGGCUAGUACAUCGAAGCCAGUUUUGAGUGUAACACUCUUUGGGAGGUGGUAUGCAAAGGACCCUCCACACACGCAGCAAGCUUCACCAUGA